CAUACACAAAUGAACACCAAAUCUUCAACUAUCCACUAUUCAUACUUUCACCAAAUCCAAAUGGAAACCACCCUUCCGCCACCACCAUCGCCGUUGCUGCUAACACGCCUCAACACCAUCGUAGGCAAAUCCCGCAUCGGUAAACACUUCAAACUAAACGACCGCAACACCACCUUCACCACCGAACUCCGCGCGGGCACCACAACCUUCCUCACCAUGGCCUACAUCUUAGCCGUCAACGCCUCCAUCCUUGCUGACUCGGGCGCCACGUGUUCCGUCUCUGACUGCAUCCCCCUUUGCUCCAACCCAAAUUUCUCCACUAACAAUUGCACGGGUCCCAAUCUCCACGUCAUCACACCCGACAACUCCUGCAAAUUCCCACCAGUUAACCCUGGUUACGCCACGUGUCUCAAUUCUGUCAGAAAAGACCUUAUUGUCGCCACCGUGGCAUCCUCUCUCAUCGGUUGCGUAAUCAUGGGUAUUUUCGCCAAUUUACCAUUGGCUUUAGCCCCGGGUAUGGGCACCAACGCGUAUUUCGCGUACACCGUCGUCGGCUUCCACGGCUCGGGUAAUAUCCCGUACGAAUCCGCGUUAGCCGCGGUUUUCAUCGAAGGAAUAAUAUUCCUUUUAAUCUCAGCCAUUGGAUUACGCGCAAAGCUAGCAAAACUAGUCCCAAAGCCGGUCCAAAUCUCCUCAUCAGCCGGGAUCGGCUUGUUUCUAGCCUUUAUCGGCUUACAAAACAACGAAGGCAUCGGCUUAAUCGGCUACAGCCCCUCCACGCUAGUCACAUUAGCCGCAUGUCCCGCAUCCUCACGCGCAUCACUCGCGCCCGUACUCACUUCACCAAACGGCACCGUUUCAUUAUCCUCUGGUGGCUCAGUGUCUGGAAACAUAAUGUGUGUUGGUAAUAAAAUGCAAAGCCCCACGUUCUGGCUCGGCGUGGUCGGCUUCGUAAUUAUAUCAUAUUGUUUGGUUAAAAGAGUAAAAGGAGCAAUGAUCUACGGUAUUGUGUUUGUUACGGCCGUAUCUUGGUUCCGUAACACGCAAGUAACCGUGUUUCCAAAUACUUUAGAGGGUGACACGUCGUUCAACUACUUUAAAAAAAUAAUAGACGUACAUAAAAUCCGGUCUACCGCGGGUGCGUUAAACUUUACAAGUGUCGAUAAACCGGUAUUUUGGGAAGCAUUGGUUACUUUCCUAUACGUCGACGUUUUAGACACGACGGGAACGUUAUAUUCAAUGGCAAAGUUCGCGGGUUUUACGGACGAAAAAGGCGAAUUUGAAGGACAAUAUUCGGCAAUGAUGUCGGAUGCGGCUGCGAUAACGGUCGGGUCAUUAGUUGGGACGUCGCCGGUGACGGUGUAUAUCGAGUCGUCAACGGGGAUACGGGAAGGUGGGCGGACGGGGUUAACGGCGUUAACGGUGGCGGGGUAUUUUAUGUUGGCGUUUUUUUUCACGCCUUUAUUGGCGUCGAUACCAGCGUGGGCCGUGGGGCCCGCGCUGGUGGUGGUGGGGGUGUUGAUGAUGAGAUCGGUGGUGGAGAUUGAUUGGGGGGAUAUGCGGGAAGCGGUACCGGCGUUUGUAACGUUGUUGUUAAUGCCGUUAACGUAUUCUAUUGCUUAUGGGUUGAUUGGUGGGAUUGGGACGUUUGUUGUGUUAAAUUUGUGGGAUUGGGUUGAGGGGUUGGUUUGUAAAUGUGGGAUAGUUAAAGGGGGUGGGGGCGGGGGUGAUGGAAGUGUGAGGGGGAAUGGUGUGGUUAGUGAAAGUAGUGUGGUGGAAAUUACUCAAAGUAGGAAAGUGCUUGAGGUUUAACUUUUAUAAAAAGUAAAUAUAAAGAUUUUAUGUAUUAA